GGCCGCGCUGGGACGGUGAGACUUGGCUCCGCCCCCUCGUUCCUUCGUGGAGCCGCGGUGAGGAUGGUGGACGGAAGAAAGAGGGAAGUAGUGGAGAGCGGCUGGACAAUACCCAACCAAACCCCAACAUUUCGGAUUUAAACCCUCUUCUCAUGACGGAGAGCGCUCCUGGCUGUGGGAGUGAAAACCUGUCUGGGUGGGGGGAGAUAUCUGGAUGUGAGUCAGCGGGUCCUGUGGCGGCUUCUCGGUCUCGUCCGUUUUAACAUGUUUUCGCCCCAAAGUUAAUGUUCGGCGCCGCGAGCGGGCAGUAACCUGACAGGAUGGAACCUCAGGGAGAGGAGGACCCGCCUCCAAACGGAGGCCGGUCAGACACCCGUCUUCAGCGCAAGAGGCCGCCCAGCCUUGUGAUCGACAUCCCUCCACCUGAACAGGUGUCUGAAGCUCCUCCCAAACAGAUUCAAAACGUAGGUCCUGAGGUCUCCUUUAAGAACAUGAACCGUCUCUGCUGUUCCCAGCAUUCAAGGAUAUCUAUGAAGGGCAGUUUGACCCAACCCAACACCCCCCCUGUAGACGGAGGCGGGUCAACCAGGCAACGGAGGGCCAAGUUCGGCAGACAAACGUCGCUGUCCCAAAGCAUUCGAAGGAACACUGCAGAUUGGUUCGGCGUGGGCGAGGACUGUGAGACUCAGCAGCAGGUAUGGCACAGGAAGAGCAUCCGCCACUUCAGCCAGCGCUACGGCAAGCUGAAGCCGCAGUACAGGGAGGCGGAGACGGCCACCAGCGCGGACCUGAGUCUGGACUCACCGGGCGCACACAGGUUCCCCAAAAUCGUGGACCCCCUGGCGCGAGGACGACCUUUCCGGACCCCGGAUGAGCCGGACGGCCGCUCCCCGAGGACGCCCCACUCCAUGCAGGGGGGUCCCUUCACCCCGGGGGUCACCUCGCUCAGCUCCUUCACCAGCUACAGCCGCUUCCCCAAGAGGAAGAGGGAGUCGGUGGCCCGCAUGAGCAUCAGGGCCGCGUCCAACCUGCUGAGGGGCCGCAGCGGCCUGGCGGGCUCACAGUCGACUCGGAGUGUCCCCCGGAGGAGCUUCCUUCACCACGGCUUCCCGGACGAGGAUACGGUGGACUCUGCCGACACGUCUGCGUCCGUUUUCUUCAGCAGGGCUGACGUCCACGAUGGGUACUCUAUGGCCGAUGAAGUGUUUGAUUCCCCUCCCUUGUCUGCUAAUUUAGUUCCAUUCAGUGAUCCUGCUCAGCUCAACAAGGGCGACGGCCCGCCCCCCAAACCGCUGAGUGCGUCGCUCGAACCGAGUCAGCCCCAGCGCGGUCGGCGAAUCGCUUCCCAGGUGAAGCACUUUGCCUUCGACAAGCAGAAGCGUCAGUACGGCAUGGGCGUGGUGGGGAAGCUGCUGAACCGACAUUACAAACGCAGCCUCAGCAGCACCAUCCAGAAGCAGCUGGACGAUUUCCACAGCCACAGGCCUUACUUCACUUACUGGGUCACCUUCGUCCACAUAGUUAUCACCAUUCUGGCCUGCUGCACUUACGGCUUCGCCCCUGUGGGGUUUUCACAGCACUCUACUACGGACCUGGUGCUAAAGAACAAAGGCGUCUAUGAAAGCGUCAAGUUCGUCCAGCAGGAGAACUUUUGGAUCGGUCCGGGUUCGGAGGAUCUGAUCCACUUGGGGGCCAAGUUCUCCCCCUGCAUGCGGAGGGACAAGCAGAUAACCGCAUUGAUCCAAAACGCCCAAAACCUUGAAAGAGAGUCCGGCUGCUGCGUUCAGAAUGAUAACUCUGGAUGUGUUCAGACGCUGAGCAGCGACUGUUCGGACACGCUGGCGACCUUCAUGAAGUGGAGCAAUGAAACCGUGGACGGACUUCAGAGGUCGUCGGGAUCCGUCUGUCAUCAGGAUCCCAGAAUCUGCGAAGAGCCCGCCUCCUCCAAGAUUCACACGUGGCCAGAUGACAUCACAAAGUGGCCGAUCUGUACCUUUCCCAAGAAGUGGAACCACACCGGCUACAAAAACAUGGACUGUACCAUCAAAGGCCGGCCUUGCUGCAUCGGAACUAAGGGCAGAUGUGAGAUCACGACCAGAGAGUAUUGCUCCUUCAUGCACGGUUACUUCCACGAAGAAGCCACGCUGUGCUCACAGGUCCACUGUCUGGAUGAAGUGUGCGGCCUGCUGCCUUUCCUCAACCCAGACAUCCCCGAUCAGGUCUAUCGACUCUGGCUGUCUCUCUUCCUCCAUGCUGGGCUGCUGCACUGUGCCGUGUCCGUGGUGUUCCAGAUGACCAUCCUGAGGGACCUGGAGAAGCUGGCCGGUUGGGGCCGCAUUUCUGUCAUAUACCUCCUGAGCGGCAUCACCGGAAACCUGGCAUCGGCCUUGUUUCUGCCCUACAGAGCUGAGGUCGGUCCCGCCGGCUGUCAGUUCGGCCUCCUGGCGUGCCUCUUCGUGGAGCUCAUCCAGGGCUGGCAGAUCCUGGAAAACCCCUGGAAAGCCUUCCUCAAGCUCCUGGCCAUCGUCCUCUUCCUGUUCGCGUGCGGCCUCCUGCCGUGGAUCGACAACAUCGCGCACAUCUUCGGCUUCCUCAGCGGCCUGCUGCUCUCCUUCGCCUUCCUGCCGUACAUCAUCUUCGGGACCUUCGACAAGUACAGGAAGCGCAUCAUGAUCGGCAUCUCCAUGCUGGUGUACGUGGGCCUGUUCGCGUCGCUCAUCGUCUGGUUCUACAUCUACCCCAUCAACUGGCACUGGCUGGAGCAUCUCACCUGCCUCCCUCUGACCAGCAAGUUCUGUGAAAAGUACGACAUUGACCACGACAUCGGCCAUGUGGUUCAUUAACCAAGACCGAGACCUUUUCCUUCAGGAAUUUGACAAUCAAGAUUUUUUAUACUUGGAGGGAUCCUUCCAAAGAGAAAAAACUGGAUCUACUUCCUCUGAACCUCAAAUCCUCAGUUGGUCUGGAGCCGUUCUUUACUUGGAGAGACUUUAUCCGCCUCAGAAACAAAAGAUAUAAAAGAAUGAAUUCAAUGUAUCGUUUCCCUUUAAUAAUCAGCAAAGAAAGCGAAUCACAUUCCUCCUGCUUCACUGAAGUCCUUCUGCUGAUGGGGAGGACCGUUUCCGACUCUUCGUGGUUAAAUGAGGAACGCUGCUGUUAGUCCGGAGUGUGAAUGUAAAGCUGGAUCAGGUGGAGUGAAACAUCCCAGAACUGUCUAAAGCCGCCCGCUGCCUUAACCGCACUCCUGCUGGUUCACGCCGAAGCUUCAUGGCUCCAGAACGGAUCAGAACCUCCCGAAUCGCAGCUACACUAAACAUGUUUGGAUUUUUUGUCUCUAAACACAAACGCCAUGAAUUUGUCGUAAUCCCGUCUUUAUGUUCACAUCCGGCUCUCAGUGUUGGUGUUGACGACGGGAUCAAACGAACCGCGUGGUUUCAAAUCAAACAAGCGAAGGGUUUGUUCGGCCGUUAGCUGAGCUGCAGAAAUGUUGUUUGUGGGAUUAGGAGGGUUUAGUUACCGAGUGGGAUUAUGUUAGUCAGUCAGUGGGGCUGACGCCCUCACAAGAUGACAUUUCCCAGAACACCACAGUCUGAAAAACACCCGAAGUCGCCUUUUCACACAGUCCUGACUCCAUGUGGCAGCUCCGCCGCUCCGCCUGCAUUUGGACCAAAUAAUCCACGUUUUUCUAUUUAUUUGAGGCAAAGGGAACGUGUCAAAUGAACUUCAGGUUCUGGGCAAAAGUACUGUUAUGUUCUUGCCUGAGUUUUCUAUGUGACGUGAAAGUUUGAGAGAAAACAUGACAAAUAAAUCAUCCGAAAUAAAAACGGAAAAGUCUCUUCUUUCA